AUGUCGAAAGUUAUCGGGCGACCAGUGGAUUUUUGGGACGAUUGUUCACCAGAGGCAUCUACCUCUUCCCACGUCGUCGACUCACCCCGCUCCGCUGCAGUUACGCUACCCGCCGCUAGCUCGCUCCCGCAAACCGCUGUUACAUCCGCCUCCGCUUGCCUUAAUUCCAAGGUUAACCCAAUGCAUAAAACACAAAAAGCUGUGUUGUUAUCAACCGCCCUAGUAAAGGUACGUGAUUCUGCUGAUCGAUGGCAGAAUGCUCGCAUAUUAUUCGAUUCAGGUUCUCACGCCACAUUCAUAACUGAGGCAUGCGUACAACGUCUAGGUCUAGCUCGCAAAUCUUCGUCCAUAUUUGUAACGGGAAUUGGCGCUUCUCAGGGUGGCCUUUCAAGUGAAUGCUACCCCAUCAACGCAUUAAUUUUACAAAAGAUUACGGGCGAUUUGCCGUCGCAGAGUUUAAGCGUUCCUGAAUGGUCCCACAUCAAGAGACUGUUCUUAGCUGACCCGCACUUCAUGGAACCCGGCCGUGUAGACAUCUUAGUGGGCAUGGACUAUAUGGAUCGACUCAUUUUAACUGAGCUGCGUAAAGGCUCACCUGGCACGCCAAUAAUACAGAAAACAAUCUUUGACUGGACGUUGUGUGGAAACGUAGAUACAUCCGUUCCACACGCAAACCAUAUACAAUCGUUACACUGUGAUGUACAUUUAGAUAGAGCAUUGGCUAGAUUGUGGGAACUUGAAGAAGCGCCGCAAACACGAUAUCUUACCCACGAGGAACGGUACUGCGAAGAACAUUUUGAAUCAACUCAUAUUAGGAAGCCGGACGGACGCUUUGUAGUGGAGUUGCCACUCAAGGUCGGCGUGCCAUUAGGUGAAUCAAGGAGUCUCGCCGUACGAAACUUAUUACGCAUGGAGCGCAGAUUUGCCGGUGAUCAGGAUCUGUGGAAACGCUAUAACGAAUUCAUGCAGGAAUUAACUGAAAUGGGUCAUAUGGAGGUCGUGCCUGAAACGAAAUAUGCGAAAUAUUAUAUGCCACACCAUGCUGUUGUAAAGGAGUCCAGCGUCACGACAAAAUUGCGAGUUGUGUUUAACGCGUCUGCUAAAACCACAACGGGGAAUUCCCUCAACGAUGCGCUUUAUGUUGGUCCUCAAUUACAAGAAGACUUGUACUCCAUACUUUUGCGCUUUAGAAUACACAAAUACGCGACUUUGUCGCUAGAAUUGACGACUUUUGCUUGA